AUGAAUGGCGAUAUGUUAUGGAUAAUUUGCUCAAAAAUGCCUCAAAUCAAUCAAUGUGCUAUUCAAAUGAUGCAAGUGCACAUUAGUGACAAAGAAAACAACUUCUCAACAAGAUUUAUGCGAAAAAGACAUCGGUUCGCUCGGAGUUUUGAUAGAAAUGAUGAGGAAGUCGGGUUUUUUUGGUCGAAAAUUGUGAUUUGUCACUAA